UUGGUCGGGAAGUGCCGAAAGAAAGAGAAAGCCAGCUCUGGCUGUCGCGAUUACGUGGCCACCAUCCAGCCCGGCCGUAGGUAAAAUAAAAGGGGCCGAGGAGCCUCGUUGACUGGCACUCUGGUGUUGUUUUCUCAUAAGCGUCCGACACACUCCCGUCUUCUACGAUGAGGCCGCUCGUUGUCAUCUCACUGUGCUUGCUAGCGUUGGCCGCCUUCUCUAGAGCUGACGACGACGACGGCGACCACGAGGUGCAGCAGGUCGCCACUGGACACCGAUCCACCGGUCUGCAAGACGGCGCCAACUGCCAUAACAACGACCAGUGCGUGUCUCGGUGCUGCCUCAAGGUGUUCCAUGGUGACGGCGCUGGCAGUCCCGGCCAAUGCCGUCCUGCCGCUGGUCCCGGAGAACGAUGCAGCUUCGAGCAAGUCAAAAGCGGUGCCAACGUCAACUUCUGCCCCUGCCGUGUUGGUAUCUGCGGAGACGACGACAUUUGCCCCAAGGAGGACACCAGCGAUGAGGACUGACACGAUGAGGAAUAAAGCAAUGCGUCCGCUUAUCUAGCCCGAUGAUUUUUGUUAAUACGAUCAAUAACGAUGUACUAUAUGAGCAAUAAAACAAACCUUCACAAUCACACA